ACCACGUGACCCGGUUCAUAGUUGAAAGUCAAACAUCUCUGCAGCUUCUCCUCAUGGCGGUCCUGGUGGGACGGAGAGCCUUAAUACAAGCCUUCCGCGUGCACACAGCAGACCGGGACAGCGCGUGCAGGAUAGCUGCGGCGACCGCCUGCACGAGACAGUAUGUUUUGUCCGGUAAAGCGACGACACGAGGCUACAGUUCCGACUCCAAGGAUGACCUGCGCGUCAGAUACCUCGACGGAGAGGACUCCGGUAUCGUCGUCGUUGGUAUAAAUCGACCAAAAGCCAAAAAUGCCAUCAGCAAGAAUCUGGUCAAAAUGAUGUUUGACACGCUGGAGGACAUCAAGAAGAACAACAAAGUGCGCAGCGUCAUCAUUUGCAGUUUGGUUCCCGGGAUCUUCUGUGCAGGUGCCGACCUGAAGGAGCGGGUGAAGAUGCACCAGAGUGAAGUCGGACCAUUUGUGUCCAAAGCCCGAGCGCUCAUCACAGAGCUCUGUAACCUUCCCGUCCCGACCAUCGCUGCCAUCGACGGAGCAGCUUUAGGAGGAGGUCUGGAGAUGGCGCUCGCCUGUGACAUCAGAAUUUCCUCCAAUAAUGCAAAGAUGGGAUUGGUUGAGACCAAACUUGCAAUUAUUCCAGGAGCCGGAGGGACGCAGCGUCUCCCUCGUGUUAUCAGCGUCUCUCUGGCCAAGGAGCUGAUCUUUGCGGCGCGGGUGGUGGACGGGACGGAGGCGUGUCGUCUGGGUCUGGUCAAUCACUCCGUGGAGCAGAACGAGAGCGGGGACGCUGCGUACCUGCGCGCUCUGGAGCUCUCACGAGAGAUCAACCCUCAGGGUCCAAUCGCUGUUAGGAUGGCAAAACUGGCGAUCAACCAGGGAAUAGAGGUCGAUUUGUCCACGGGUCUGGCGAUUGAAGAGGCGUGUUAUUCCCAGGUGAUUCCGACUAAAGAUCGUCUGGAGGGUUUGGCUGCCUUCAAGGAGAAGAGGCGUCCUCACUUUAAGGGCGAGUGAGGCGGUCUCUCUCUCUGCCUCCAGCUCUCAUUCUGCUCCACUGCUUUCAACAUUAACGGGCCGACUCUGUACACGUCAACACAUCCGCCUGUACAGAACCCCGCGGACGACCGUGUGCCGGCAGGACAUCGGGGACCCCUCCACCUUCUGGUUUGACUGAAGACUUCACGGCCUAGCAGCUGCUGGGGGUGCCGUCUAACGCUGAAGGAUGUGAAGACAACUAACAGAGCAUUAACUUACUGAACACCUCCAACAUGAACUACUCACUCACUAACAUGAAUUACUCUCCUGCCGUUUGUAGAAUGAUUGGCAGUUAGUUACUAACAGUAGCAUCCUGACUAGAGAACCAAUCAGAGAGCCAGAAAAAAACACUCAGAGGUAUGCAUCAGAAGCUUUAGUUCAGCACAAAUAUAGAACAUUUAGAAAAACGCAAACUAACAUCGGACGUUUGUGCAAAUAAAUCAUUAAACACAGCUAAAUAAAGGUCAGGGGGUGGAAGUUUGGAAACUUGUUCUACAUCCACAUUUCUAUGUUUUUACUUUAAAGUACAUUUAAAUGGAAAGUUUCUCCGUUCAGAUUUCUGUCCACACUCAAACUAAAAAUCAGCAGAUGUAGAGAACAACCUCAGCAGUCGUGUGGAUGGUUUGGUCGUGAGAUGGGGACAAGUUGUGAUAGAUUGAACCAAUGCAACGAAAACAAAAAAUAGAAGUCCUAGUCUUCCACUGAUGGCUAUUUGCUUGUUUUUAAUUACCAAAAACUGCCCGCGAACUCCUGCACACAUUGCAGAAAUUAGUUGGCAAUGUAGUCCGUGCUCUCUCUCUCUCGACAGCAUUUUAGUUAAACAUCCGACCGAAGACAAGUUGUUUUUUUUAAAGAGUCUGUACUUUUCGAUACUACCGACCAUUAAAACAACAGAUUGUUUUCAAACCUGUCGUAUCGUUAAGUGUUUAAUUAUCCAGACUUCUGACAAGCUCAGUAACACUACAGCGUCGACGUACUGUUUCUUUAAAGGCUUUAUAUGCGAUUAUAUGCGACUCACAGCUUAUUUCAAUGUCAUAUAAGCGUUUUUAGAUCACGGUCAUUUCUGGUAAAUUUACAUGAAGUGUGAAGAUACAAGAUAAUAAUAAAGAUUGCUAGCAUUAGCAUGCUAACACAGCAAUGCAGCGCAAGUUGUUUUAGUUUCAUGCUGGUGCUCAAGGGCGACAUCUGGUGGAUCAAAAAAUCGCAUAUUAAGCCUUUAAGAGCUCUUUGCCACAUCUCUCUGCCUUCAUCAGCGUGUGGUUCUGUUUCAGUGAGUAACCAAUAACAGUUUUAAUCACUGAUAAAAAUAAUCUCUGCAGGUAGAAUCGUUCACUGCGUUAAAAGCCAUGACAGAGUUUCUGUGUCGACCUCGUGCUGUUUGACUGCGACAGAGCGACAAACGCGUUAAACUCUCGAGAACGUCUGAAACAGAAAAAGCACGUCUCCAUCUUCUGUUUCAGGACGUGAGAGAACAAAUAAUAACGUGUGUUGUUGUCCUUUAACACCUGAGAAUGUAUACGCCAUGCCUUGUGUGUUUGUGAGUUCAGAUUUGUUUCCACAGAAACGCAGUGACAUCAUCAUUUACGUCACCUCCACUGAGUUGCCUUUUUCUUUUCCUUCUUGUCUGUUUUAGUUUCUGUUGAUUUUAUGUACCAGAAUGUGGAGUUUUCAUUGAUCUUUGUUAAUGUGACUUGUGUUUGUAAAUCAGUAAAAAGCCUCAAACUGCUUCAAUGAACCUGUCGCCAUGGAGACGGUCUGUUAGACCUCGUCUCACUGCUGUGAAUAAAUCUGUCGCACAGAAAA